CGUAGUUCAGAGGUUUAGUGACGCUGUGUCCUGUCUGUGGGUAUCGCGACGCUCCGCGCUUUACGUUUAAUUCAUAUCAGGUAUUUUACAAUUAAGGAGAAAAAAUCGGUCAAAAUGACAACGUUGCCACAUAGCAAGAAGCGUGUCUGCUAUUACUAUGAUAGUGAUAUUGGAAAUUAUUAUUAUGGACAAGGACAUCCUAUGAAGCCGCAUCGUAUAAGGAUGACACAUAAUUUACUUUUGAAUUAUGGUCUUUAUAGGAAGAUGGAAAUAUAUCGUCCACAUAAAGCUACAGCAGAUGAAAUGACAAAAUUCCAUAGCGAUGACUAUAUUAGAUUUUUGAGAUCCAUAAGACCUGAUAACAUGUCAGAGUAUAACAAACAAAUGCAACGAUUUAAUGUAGGAGAAGAUUGUCCUGUCUUUGACGGUUUGUAUGAAUUUUGUCAAUUAUCAGCUGGAGGUUCUGUAGCUGCUGCUGUGAAACUUAACAAACAGGCCUCAGAAAUUUGCAUAAAUUGGGGUGGUGGUUUGCAUCAUGCCAAAAAAAGUGAAGCAUCUGGAUUUUGCUAUGUAAAUGACAUUGUAUUAGGAAUACUGGAAUUGCUCAAAUAUCAUCAAAGAGUAUUAUAUAUUGAUAUUGAUGUUCAUCAUGGAGAUGGUGUAGAAGAAGCUUUUUAUACCACCGAUAGAGUUAUGACUGUUUCUUUUCAUAAAUACGGUGAAUAUUUUCCUGGUACUGGUGAUCUACGCGAUAUUGGUGCUGGAAAGGGAAAGUAUUAUGCAGUCAAUAUACCACUAAGAGAUGGCAUGGAUGAUGAAAGCUAUGAGUCAAUAUUUGUACCUAUUAUUUCUAAAGUGAUGGAAACUUUCCAGCCUUCUGCUGUGGUCCUGCAAUGUGGUGCUGAUUCAUUAACUGGAGAUCGGUUAGGCUGUUUCAAUUUAACAGUGAGGGGUCAUGGGAAGUGCGUUGAAUUUGUAAAAAAAUAUAAUCUACCCUUUUUAAUGGUUGGUGGUGGUGGAUAUACAAUCAGAAAUGUAUCUAGAUGCUGGACAUACGAAACUUCAGUUGCCCUUGGUUCUGAAAUUGCAAAUGAGUUACCCUACAAUGAUUAUUUUGAAUAUUUUGGUCCUGAUUUUAAGCUCCACAUAAGUCCUUCAAACAUGGCAAAUCAAAAUACUCCUGAAUAUCUGGAGAAAAUUAAAACCAGACUAUUUGAAAAUUUAAGAAUGUUGCCACAUGCCCCAGGUGUGCAAGUUCAACCAAUUCCAGAAGAUGGUGCAGUUAUUGAAGAUUCAGAGGCUGAGGAAAAGGUUAAUCCAGAUGAAAGAUUACCACAACGAGAUUUAGAUAAAAGAAUACAACACGAAAAUGAAUAUAGCGACAGUGAGGAUGAAGGUGAAGGGGGACGAAGAGAUAAUAGGUCAUUUAAGGGUUCUAGAAAACGACCACGUCUAGAAAAAGGACAAGAAGGUAUAGAAAGUGAACUAAAAAAAGAAGAAGAUAUAAAAUCGGAACCCAAAGAAAACGAAAAAGAUGAAAAAACGAAUGUUACAAAUGAGGAAACGAAGAAAGAUGGUGGGUCGAAUCCCUGAUAAAUGGUAUUUGUUUCCGAAAAGAAAUUGAAAAAAAGUUCUUAUUUAAAUUAACUAUAAAUCAGUAUAGAUAAAUUAAAUGAACAAAUAUGUAGUGCAUAAUUGAUGCCUGUUGCCUCGAACUGAACAUACCAUUGUAAACAAUGAUUUCCUUUAUUGUUUGAUUCAAAACCAUAUAAAUACUUCAAUAGGAUAUAUAUAUAUACACACACACAUAUAUAUACACAUACAUGUAUCUUUAUUAAAUUCGAGGCAAGAGACAUUAUUAUCACUUAUAUACAUCUACGAGCAUACAAUUGACACUAUAAACGCUCAGUAAUUUCAGUUGUUAUCUCAUUAAAUUUAUAAACAUUAACCGAAAUUCUCAAAGUUAUAAGCCAUUAAACAAUCACUCCUGGAAAUAUUUUUUAAAUCGUGCGAUGAACGAUAUCUUGAGUAAUCGGUCAAUCUUAUGAUCUGAUUAAAGCCUUGAUGUUCACUUAUUGUUAGAAUCAAUACAUGUAACUAGUCAAAUAAGACAAAUGGAUAUCUUAAAUGUACAAAGAAAAUUAAAUUUUUUAUAAAAGUUGAAAUUUUCACUAAGAUCAGAAGAUAUAGGCAGCUUAUCAAGAUAUCUAAUUUUUGUAAUUGACACACUUCGAUAAAUUGAAAGUUUAAAAGUAUGCAAAUCACCAUAAUAUGUUUUGGAUGAAUACGUUUCUUUGUCUUCUUAUCCAUUGCUCACAGCAUGAUUAUCAUUAAAUAAUUUAAUGUGUGAUUUUUACAAUUGAAAGGGAAUGAGAUUGUGUACAACGGGCUAGUAUUAUGGACUAACAAAUUUUUUACUUCCUAUUCUCUCUUGUACAUACAAAUCCGAUUUAAACAAUGUCCUACAUGCAAUACUAUACAUAUAAUAAUGACAUAAUGAUAUUCCUUUUGAUAUGUAAAAUAUUUUAUUUUAUAUGUGAAAAAUUAAAGUCAGCGAAAAAGAAAGUAUGAAAAGAAUAGAACAGUCAAUAAACGUAUUGAAUUUCAGCAGAAUUGUAGAAUCUUAAAUUAAGAAGAGAUAAUACUAAAAAUUAAACAUUUGUGACUAAAUCGACUUCUAUCUUUAUGUCGAGGCUGCAAAAGCACUCUCGUUCAAAGGAAAAAGAUAGAAAAAGAAGAGAAGCGUCGUAUUAACGUAAAUAAUAAAAUUAUUACCUUUCAACCAUGUUGAUUUCACAUUUGCACAAGAGUAUAAAUGCAUUAAUUUUGUAUACAUAAACUUCUUUACGACUCGAAAAUUCUUGCGAAGUUGGAUUAGAUUCGACUAGUUGCAUGAUGUCAGAUAAAUGAUUAAAAAAGAAAUAAGUCGAUUUAUCUAGUUGUAAUUAAAUACUUUUAUUGUAAUUAAACACAUACCUUUAUUGUAAUUAAUUAUUUACAACACAAAGAUAAAUCCGAUAUAAUUUCGUACAUCUAAGUCGAUUAAUUAAGAUAGAUCAAGUAUAAUUAAGUAUAUAUGUAUAAAGUUACAUGCUAUAUACUAUAUCAGAAUACGAAUAACAAAUGUUUUUAAAUAUUUAUAAUAAAAAAUAAAGAAAUCUA